AUGAUACAGACUAGAAGAAUACUACCUUAUAUACUGAGAAGAUUUAAAAGUAAUAGUACAGUGAUUGGAAUUGAUUUAGGUACGACUAAUUCCGCAGUUGCUUUUAUGAAUUCAAAAAACCAGCCACAAAUUAUAGAAAAUGAAGAAGGUAAAAGAACAACUCCAUCAAUUGUAGCUUAUAAACAAAAUGAUAUAUUAGUUGGACUACCUGCAAAACGACAAGCUUUGAUAAAUCCCGAAAAUACGUUUUUUGCAACUAAAAGAUUAAUCGGUAGAAAAUUUACUGACCCGGAGGUUCAACGUGAUUUAGAUAAUGUUUCAUAUAAAAUCAUACCCAAUAAUUCCAAUGACGCGGUCUUAAAGAGUACAAAUAAUCAAACAAUAAGUCCCAGUGAAAUAAGCUCAAAAAUACUAGAGAAAAUGACAUCAAUUGCUAAUAAUUAUCUUGAUGAAAAAAUAGACAAGGCUGUCGUUACUGUACCUGCUUAUUUCAAUGACUCUCAAAGACAAGCUACUAAAAAUAGUGGAAAGUUAAUUGGAUUAGAUAUACUUAGAGUUAUUAAUGAACCUACUGCAGCUGCUUUAGCUUACGGUUGUGAUAAGAGUCGAAAAGAAGGUAUUAUUGCAGUUUUUGAUUUUGGUGGUGGUACUUUUGAUAUUUCAAUUUUAGAUAUUGAAGAUGGUGUGUUCGAAGUUAGGGCAACUAAUGGUAAUACUCAUUUAGGAGGUGAAGAUUUUGAUAUAUUGAUUAUGAAUUGGAUAUUGAAAAAAUUUAAAUUGGAAACUGGUAUCGAUUUAUCAAAUGAUAGAAUUGCAAUUCAAAGAAUUAGAGAGAUUUCAGAAAUGGCUAAAAUUGAAUUAGAUCAUAAUGAGAAAUUUGAAAUUAAUUUACCUUUUAUAUCACAAGAUCAUCAUAUAAAUUAUACUAUUACAUCAUCUGAAUUUGAUGAAAUGUCAUUACCAAUCAUUGAAAAAUGUAUAGAUCCUGUUAAAAGAUGUAUCAAAGAUGCAGAUUUAAAAAUUAAAGAUAUUGAUGAGGUUUUAUUGGUAGGUGGUAUGACAAGAAUGCCUAAAAUAAGACAAGUAGUUGAAGAAUUAUUUAAUAAAAAACCAAGUACUGCUGUUAAUCCAGAUGAGGCUGUUGCAUUAGGUGCUGCAAUUCAAGGUGGUGUUUUGUCUGGUCACAUGAAAAAUGUUGUAUUGUUAGAUGUUACUCCAUUAUCACUUGGUAUUGAAACUUAUGGUGGAAUAUUCAGCCCUUUAAUUCCUAGAAAUUCAGCAGUUCCAGUAAAGAAAGAACAAAUUUUUUCAACAGCUAUUGAUGGACAAACUGGUGUUGAAAUUAGAUGUUAUCAAGGUGAACGUACAUUAGUUAAAGAUAAUAAAUUAAUAGGACAGUUUAAAUUAGGCAAUAUACCAAAAGGUCCAAAAGGAACACCACAAAUUUCAGUUGAAUUUGAAAUUGAUGCUGAUGGGAUAAUUAAUGUAAGUGCAAGUGAUAAAACAAAGUAUCCUAAAGAUUCACCUCAUUAUGGUAAACCGAAUAAAGUUUCAAUACAAGUUACAGAAAUUGGAUUAACUGAUUCAGAAGUUGAAAAAAUGAUUAAAGAAAGUGAAUCAAAUAAAUUGAAAGAUCAAGAAAUGAGAAAAGUUUAUGAACAUGCAUCAAGAGGUGAAAUAUUGGUAACUGAUACUGAAAUUGCUUUAAUUCAAUUUGGUGAAUUAAUGGAAGAAAAAGAUAAAGAAGAUACCAAAACUGCUAUUGAUGAUGCAAAGAAUUUAAUAGAUGAUAUUAGAUCAAAUAAAACUCAAGAUGUUAAUUUAUUAAAUAAUAAAUUAAAUGAAAUGCAGAAAAUCUGUAUGGAAGCAAUUAAAAAAGUUGCAAUUAAACAGCAACAGGAAGAAACUUAA